AUGGCCCAUCACAUCGUCGACGCCGCCGCGUCACCGCGCAUGGGCGCCUUUAACUUUGGCGAUGCCGUCGCCUGCCCCUUUCCCACCCUUACCGCCGCCUUUUACCACCAAGCCUUGCUACAUCCCAACUCGAAAGCAGUUCGCGAUCUUUCGGGAAACUCGCCCCGAGACCUGACAUACUAUGAGCUGUCCAAGUACGCCCAAGCUCUCGCGUGCAGGCUGCGCAACCUCGGAGUCCAACCUGGACAGAGGAUCCCUCUUGUCGUGAAGCGGGGACUUGAGAUGGUGGUUGGCAUCUGGGCCAUCCUCUCUUGCGGAGCCCAGUACGUCCCGCUCGACGGAGGUGUUGUGCCAGACUCGAGCAUCAAGCAGGUCGUUGAGCAGAGUGGAGAGCGUAUUGUAGUCUGUCUCUCGACAACCGAGCACCGAACACGACGGACUUUUCCGCACGUUCCGUUAGUUCUCAUUGACGAAUGCAUGCGGGCAGAUGCUCGCUACUCUACAGACCAAUGGGUAGACCUGGCAACCCCAGAGUCAGGGUGCUAUGUUAUCUAUACAUCUGGCACAACCGGAAAGCCAAAAGGCAUCGACGUGACGCAUAGAAACGUUACCAAUCUCGUCUGUCUAGGCCCUGGAAACCUGGGCAUCAGCGAUGGCAUGCGCGUGGGGCAGGUCCUGAACAUAAGCUUCGACAUGGCGGCAUGGGAAAUCUUUGCUUGCCUGUGCAACGGAGGCACUCUCAUGGUCCGCGGGUCUCAGUGGGAGCCCACAAUUCGUCAGCUUCAUGUUCUCAUCUGCACGCCUACCAUUCUGGCCAAAUACCAUCCGACGAAAUACCCCAACAUCAAGGUUGUCGCUACAGCAGGCGAGCCUACUUCUCAGGAUCUCGCCGACCUCUGGGCCUCGCACGCCACGUACUGGAACUGCUGUGGCCCGACUGAGACGACAAUUGUAAACACUAUGUCCAAACACCUGCCCGGGACCCCUGUCUCCAUCGGCCGGCCGACCCCGAACAACUCGGUGUAUAUCCUGGAUGGGAACGGCAGGCCUGUCCCCAUCGGUCAGCCCGGGAUGAUGUGGGCCGGCGGCCGCGGCGUGUCCCGUGGCUAUGUCGGACUCGAGGCCAAGACCAAGGAGUCCUAUGUCCCCAAUCCAUUUGUCAUCGAUGGGUCCUACAUGUACUGCACUGGUGACCUGGGUCAAUGGCGCCAAGAUGGCUCCAUUGAGAUUCUCGGUCGCGGCGACGACCAAGUCAAGGUCAAGGGCUUUCGUGUCGAACUCGAUGGCAUCGCAUCGUCGCUAGCUUCUGCACCAGGCGUCUCUCGGGCAACGACGUUGCUCAUCGACGGUGACCUCUACGGCUUCGUGGUGCCCCAACAACAAAACGUCGAGGCCGUUCUCCAGCACACAAGCAAACUGCAACCCUACUACGCUAUUCCGACUGCUGUUUUCCCCAUGGACGAGUUUCCAACCACGGCCAAUGGCAAGAUUGACAAAAAGGCCCUGCGCGUCUUGGCUGCCCAGCCCCAAGUCGACGAGCCGCGACUCGACACCGCCGUCACCUUGACUAGCCAGUCUCCGACUUAUACAGAAACUGUUUUGGAGGAGAAGUUGGCGUCUUUCUCCCCGACUGAGAAGGAUGUGUCGGACACGUUCGAUUUGACGCAGGAACUCCCCAGCAAGCAGCUGCCAAGGCCGCUUCGGGGUCUCCGAUACAGGAUUUUUAUCGUCUAUCGACUCUUAUUCAGCUUGACUGGUCUCUUGAAUGUAGGCGCCCUUGUUGCCAUUGUUUUUAUGCGCCUCGGUCCGGAAUGGCUGGGCACUCUGACUGCUGCCAAUCUGGUUCUGGCCGUCCUCAUACGACAAGAUAUGGUCAUCAACGCUCUCUAUACCGUCUUCUGCUCUGUGCCCAAAGCAGCUCCGCUUUGGCUUCGAAGUAGCUGCGCCAAGGUUUACCACCUUGGCGGCGUCCACUCGAGCGCCGGAGUCUGCGCAACACUGUGGCUACUGUCGUCUACAAUUGCAUCGACGACGACAUUUGUCCAGGGACACAACACCACUGAUUCGAUGGCGACCUUGGUUAUUUCCUGGCUCCUCUCCGCUAUCUUGAGCACGAUGGUAUUUUUCGCAUGGCCGUCGAUUCGCAGGCAUUACCACGAUGUCUUUGAAAAUAUGCACCGAUUCCUCGGAUGGACCGCGCUCUUUCUCUUCUGGGUUCGUACCUUUCUCUCCAUUGAGAAGACGAAGCCCCUGGACCAGGACCUUGGCGUUGCGCUUCUUCGGAGUCCUCAAUUCUGGAUCAUUACCGUCGCAUCCUUGAGCAUCGCCUCCUCGUGGUUCUUUCUUCGAAGGGUAUCCGUCGAAGCGAUUCCUCUUUCCGAGCAUGCCAUGCGGCUGCAUUUCAGCUACACGCAGCCGACCAACGGAAGUUUCACACGCAUCUCCACCCGACCUUUGUUCGAGUGGCACUCUUUUGCAACGAUUCCAAAUGCAAAGACGGCUACUUCUCGCGGCUUUUCUCUCAUCAUGUCAAACGCCGGAGACUGGACCAAGUCACAGAUCCAGAAGCCCCCGACCAAGCUGUGGGUUCGAGGGACGCCCACUUGCGGCGUCAUGAGAAUCGCAACCCUCUUCAACCGCAUCGUCGUCAUCGCCACUGGAUCUGGAAUCGGUCCUCUGUUGGGCCACAUUGCGCACCCAAGUUGCCCUACCCAGCUCAUCUGGUCCACUUCGUCGCCCGACACGCUCUUCGGACAAGACAUUUUAAACGUAGUUCACAGGUCGAUACCCAACGCAAUCAUCCAUAAUACCAAGAAGAGCGGGCGGCCCGACCUUGUCAGGAUGGGCUACAAUCUCGCCAAGAGCUUCAAUGCUGAGGCUGUUAUUAUUAUCGCAAACGAAAAGAUUACAAAAAAGGUCGUAUAUGGUCUUGAAACACGGGGCGUUCCGGCCUAUGGAGCGAUUUGGGAUAGCUGA